UAGUAAUUAUAAAAAAUUUGCUGAUAAUGCAUUGCUAGUUUUACAAAUAAAUAUGAGUAAUGGUACUAAAAAACCUCUUCUUCAUAAUGACAUUAAAUCUGAUGGUUCUCAACAUAUUAUGACAUAUGUUAAUGCUAAUGAUACAAUAAAACCUAAAGAAAUUAAACUAGUUCUUAAAGAGCAUAAUUUUUGA